AUGACGCGUGACACAGAGCUGGACGAUGAGACGACCGCGUCCGACGUGAGCGAGCCCGAACAAGGGCCCCGUCGCACCGCCACCUCAUCAAGGGGGCGAACCGCGGCGCACCAGGCGGCGAGGCAGAAAGGCAAGGCGGCCGAGGACGACCCGCCCACGGCGUCCCCAAGGCCCUCCCCGGAGCCGGCUUCUCCUCCCGCCUCCAGGCCACCGCCCCGAGGGAACAGGGCCGGCACAGGCCGUGGCAGAGAAUCCGCGUCGUCUCCCACGCCCUCCCCGGCACCCUCCCCCCGCCCGUCCAGGCCAACAUCUGAUAAGGCAAAGAAGACUGGAAGAGGGUCCGCAUCCCCCACUCCGUCCCCCUCACCAUCGCCGUCGCCCGCUCCAUCGGCCUCCCCAUCUCCGUCACCAUCCCCAUCCCCAUCCCCCUCCCCCGAGCCGGAAGAGGGAGGCGCGCCGCCAAAGAAGAAGAGAGGAAACCCCGGGACGGCCAGGGCGUCAUCGUCACCGGAGCCCGAGGACGGCGGCAGCCACCGCGUGCCGUCCAAGAAGGGCAGGCUGGGAGGUCUCAAGGGGACGAAGAAGGCGCUCGGUGUCGGGAGUGGCGCACCGGACGGUGGAUCACCUCAUGCUGGCGGCGGCGGGCUCGGUGGGGAGGCGGACGCCGCAGAGGAGGUAAAGGAAGAGACGCGGGAGGAGAAGGCCGCCCGGAGACGGGCAGAGCUGGACCGGGAGUUGCAGAGAAAGGCUGCUGCUGGUCCGGCCAAGAAGAAGCGGAAGUUUUGA